UGUUAAUUUUAACAGUCAUUUCAGGUAAAGAAACAUGGCCUCCGGUGGUACUCUUUUAUUCAUUUUCACUGUCCUCUGCAUCAAUGCAGUUAAGAGUGGUGGAUUUAUAAAAGUAGAAUGCAAAACUAAAAAUGUGGGACACUAUGGCCAACAGUCACUGCUGGAGUGUGUCGUCAAAACAUCAACAGAUGCACCUGAUCCAACUAUCCGUGCGGUUGCUUGGAAAAAACUGACCUCUCCAGAAGAUGAAGGUGAUCUCCUGUUGGGUUUUAAUAGAGGGAAAUGGGACCAGCCAAAGCGAGGUUACAGGUUUGCUGAACCAUUAUGGGACGAGAAGAACAUGAAUGUAUCUCUGCUCAUCACCAACACUGCAGUGGCAGACGAUGGAUAUUACAAGUGCAUGGUGAUUACAGACAGUGGUGAUAACAGCAUGGUCACUACCCUUAAAGUCCAAGCCAGAUACAGUGUUCCGACUGUACACUCCAUCCCUGAGAAAAUUGUCCCAAAUACAAACAGUACCCUAAUCUGUGAGUCUCAUGGAGGCUACCCAAAGGGAACACUUCACUGGUUUGAUGAAGAGGGUAAUGACUGGACAAAAAGCUCUGAAAUGGAGGCGACACAGUCAGACGAUGGUUUGUUUCAACUCACAAGCAGACUCCUUUUGUUUAGAGGAGCCACUUUCCAGAACUAUACCUGUGUUGUGUUCAAUGCCAGUGGAGGCAAAGAGGAUGAGAUCAUAUUUGAAAUGCCAGCACCACCAAGACUAACACCUCCUUCAGGUCCAGAGCCGAUAGAGAUCUGCAAAAUAGUUGUCCGUCUGGUGGUCAUUGGUUCACUGAUGGUAGGAUUGCUGUGUGUGCUGUUGUUCUGCAGAUGGAAAGCUCAACAGGUCCAGAAGUGCUCUACUGAACCUCGUACGGUUGGCCAUCAUGCAGUUUACAGACCUGAAGUGAAUCUGUAGGCAGGAGGCACCACACACCGGAUGAUUAUACUGUAUCAAUUUAAUGCAACACGUCUCUUAUUCGCUAUUUACGCUAUUUGUAUUUUCCUAUUGCAAACACAGUGUAUAACCAGGCAUACCAUGUAUUACUGUGUGUUUAGCAGACAACCCAUAAGAC